GAGCGAGGGCAGCGGCUUCGGGAGCGCGUAGCGCCCGCCUCUCCGCCUGGGGAUGGACUGAGCCACGCCGGCUGCCCGCGUCCAGUCGGUCCCUCCUGGGCCGGGCUCCGGACGCAGGACACCGCCUCGCCGGUUCCCAGCAGACGGCCCUGGACGGGUAGCCGCGCCCGGGAGAUGUCCGGUGGCCGGAGGAGGGGCGGCGGCCCCUGGCACAGCUUCUCCCGGUUCUUCGCUCCCCGAAGCCCUUCCCGGGACAAGGAAGAGGAAGAUGAGGAGAGGCCGGGGACGAGCCAGCCGCCCGCUCUGGGCCUGGGUGCCGCCAGUGUUGAAAAUGAGCCCUUGAGCACAAUUCAGAAAAAGGAAAAUGUACUUUCAUCAGAAGCAGUAAAGAUUCCCCAAAGUGAGGACAAAAGGAACCAUGCUGAGAAGCUAAUCACCCUUCCAUUGCAGGAAGAUUCCAAAAAGACAAAUGACCUUUCCAGUUCCACUUCAGAUAGCAAAAUAGGAGAAAGCGAUCGACAGCCAAAAGAAAGCUUUUUUCAUUUUCUUGGUAACUUAUUUAAUAUCUCAGGAAAAUCAUCUCUUGGUGAAGCCAAGCAAUCUUCUUUAAAAGAUGACCAUGACAAAACUGAGAAAGAGUUACGAAAUCCCAGUGACCAUCAUGAGGAAAACAUCAAAAAGGAGGGGGAGAUUUUCAGUGGCCCCCUGGGACCCCAGACAUUUCCAGCAGAAGAACAAGAGUCUAACUCGGCUGAAUCCUCAGAUGCCUUUUCUUUGGAUACAACACAAGACAGUGAACAGGAAACCAGUGAUUUGAUAAAACAAACGGAUGACAAACCAGAGAGGCCUUCAGUAACAUAUGCAAGGUAUCGAGGCCCCAGACAAAUUAGGAAAUAUUUGAAGCAACAGACCAUGUUAGAAACUGCGACUCCCUUGGACAGAGAAAAUGAAAGUUCUGACUCUAGUACAAGCACACAUAUUGGCCCUGGGAGUGAGAGUGAGGCUGGGAUUCUGCCAUCUUCAUCAUCAUCUAGCACAGAUGUGUCUCUGAAAGGACAUAUGCUUGGAGGCCCAUUAGAAGACUAUGAUAGUAGCAAAAUAAAUCUCAACACAGAAAGCCAUCUGACAAAUGACCCCAAAGUGCCGAAUAUUGCUUAUUCUAAGGAUGUUUUAAAUAAAAAUGUUCCUGGGGGACCUGGGAGAAGUAGGUCAUCUCCGUCUUCUGUGACUAACCCCAACUCCACUGUUGGAGAAUGUGACUCGCAGCACCAUUUAAGUCGUGUACCAGUUCCUCAGACUGACCAAAAUUUGGAAUGCCUCACAUUGUUUACAGGAAGUAACUGUAGCAUUGUUCCUUGUAGGCCAGACUUUCAGAGGAUAACUACAACAGAAACUACAGUAAAAGAAAACAGCUCUGCGGUGAGAGAUGGGACACUAGUGCAAACAGAAGAGCAGGUUGAGCCUGAGAGCCCUGCUAUUUCUGACUUUUCUUAUAGUAACUCUCAUGGCAGUGACACUACCAAACAGGAAAGUACAGAUUUGUCAAGUCCAAAUAAAUCAGUUAGGCAUGAAGAUCUGCAGUUGCCAAAGAGUAAGUGUUCUGACAAGCAUAUCGUAGAUAACUCAUCAAAGCAGGCUGCCAAUCACACCAGCACCAUUGCUCUACAGAAACAUGCUGUGACAGACACAGAACUUGUAAAUGAAGGAAAUAGGUUGUCUGCCCAAGAUUUACAGAAAAAAUUGGCUGUUAUGGAAAUCAGACAAGAAACAGAAAGUGCCUCAGUUGGUGAACCCACAAUUUCAGGUCAUGUAAAAGCUUCAGAAGAUAGAAGUGAUUCAUUACCCAAAGAUACUGACCAGUUGUUUAUAACAGAAGCCAAAAAGCUUGAUUUUGGUUCACAUGGCAAAAUGCCUCACAUUCUCAGAAUUAAUCAAAAGGGCUCUGCCGCUGUAAAAUGUAUCAGUGAUUCAACAGUUGUAGCAUGCUUAGAAAACAAAAUAACCCCUGAACUGACUUUUGAACUUCAUAGAAGUCACAUUUCAGAAUCUCUUCUUGACUCGGAGAGUCUGCACCAAGCUGAAGUACCACCUGAUGCCAGAACAUCUCUUAAUGUUGACUACACAAAAUCAAAUUUCAAUGCUUCAUCUCCUACCUUUGUUUCUGGAGUUGGCAUGCUGAGCAGGUUGGAUAUUCCUGUUUUAAAGAAUGAGGGUUCUUCCAUGCUCAUUGAAACUGGGGAUGUCAACAUCGUUGGAAUUUCUAGUCGGCCCAUUAAGUGUCAAGAAGAAAAUGUGGUGAAUCAUGUUGAGGCUGUAGACAGGAAGAGUCUUCCAGCUUGCCUUCACCUUGAUCAUGCAUCUGCAACUCUUGAAUCUGAGGAAGUUCUUCUUCAUAGUGAAAAAUGCCAGAUUCCACUAGAUCUUGAAGCCAGUGAUACUCACUUAACUGGAGCAGACUCAAAAUUUGAGUCUGAAAGCCUUUCUGAGGACCACAGUUCCGUAUCAUCUCAAAACCCUAAUAAAGCAGAGUUAAUGCUUUCAAAUGCUAAAGCAAGGAAGAACGCUAUAGAGAAAUCUGAGUCUCUUUCCUUGGAAACCAAAAUUGAUAAUGUUGCUGAAGUUUUAUCAAAAGCUGAAGUUGGUGAUCAGAACACUGUUCCUGUUGAGUCAAAUUCUGGAAGAGGAAAAACUGUAGCCCUCUGCAAGUUGUCUGUUUCCCAAACAGAGCCUAGAGAGAUUUCUCAGGAUAAAAUUUCUUCUCCAUUCAAAAUUACAGAUGUGCCAGCAAAGCCUAUUUUAUCAGAAUUAACUUCUGUAGAGGUUGAACAAGACAGCAGUUUUAAAUUGAUGGAUCAUGAUGAGAGUAAAGAGAAAUAUUUAGAUGCUGUACUUCAAGAGGAUUACCAAGCUGAGGUUUCUCCUUCUGUCUCCAAAUAUCAAGGUAUACAGGAAACAGAAGUGGAAGCCUUAGAUUGUCCUUCUGCUUUUCCCAAAAGUAAUACAUCUGGGAUUUUCUCUCCUAUUAAUGAUGAAAAGGUUACCAGGCAAAUGGCACAGAAUUGUGAAGAAAACAGUUGUGUGAUUUAUCAACCUUCAGAUAUUUGUGGGACUAAAAAGAUUUCUGAUUUCUCAGAAAUGACAGAAUUCAGCUUAAUUAUUGCUUGCCCCAAAUUACAAGAAACUGAUAGCACAAAAGUAAAUUUGCCUUUUUCAGAUUUUGAUAACAAUUUGGAAAAAAAUGCUUUUGCAUCUGAGAAUUCAAGCUUUCUUAAUGUUCCUUCUGUGCUGAGAUCAGAAAAGAAAGCCUCAUCUCACAGAAAAAAAGAGCACAGUCCUUUCCUAAGUGAUGGUGUUGAUAGCGUGUCUUCCUCUAUUAGCGUUGAAGAAGUCAGCAUGGUUACAAGUUCACAUAAUCCCCCAAAUAAUUUUAGUUCUGUAAAAAUUACCAGAGAUGUCACACAUGAAGGGGCCUCCUUAACUAACCCUAAUAGCUCUUAUUUGGAAUUUGAAAUAUCUGUCCCAACAGGAGAGGAAGUGACCCCAUUUCAGGAACAUUUUGAGAUUUCUACUGGGAAGGCAUCUCUUGACUUCCCAACUGCUGCCCAGUUUGACAAUCCCAUGGAAGCAGAGACUGGAGCAGUUGCUGGGGCUCCAGCGUCAGUUAACAGCUCAAGCCAGCAGUGUUCUGAAGCAUCUACUGAGCAUAUAGAAGCAAGGAAGAGAGCACAUGACCAACUUUUGGACCUCAAAAGUGGUUUACUUAAAAAAGCUGAUGCAUUGAUUGGUGAGAUUUUUAAUUCUGUCAGAGAAGAACUAAAAUCCAGACACAUAGUUGAUACCUGCCAAGAGCGUAUAGCCGUAGAUGGCAUAAUGAAUCCUGGUACCCUGAAAGAAGACAUCCCUGAAAAAAAACCAUCAGAAGUGACACUGACAGGGAUCCAACUGACAGAGCAUUUGGAAGAGCAGGUCAUGGAAAGUAUGUUCGGAGCCCAAGGGGAGGACGAGGCCUGUGCUUCACCUACAGCUGGUGAGAGAGUUGUCCUUUUUGAUUCUGAUAGAAUGGAUAUAUCUUGUUUGUUAGAAGAUCAAGCUAGGGAAUUAGUCAAUGAGACUAUUAAUUCAGCCCGAGAAAGUGUAACAAAUGACGCUUUUGAAGAUACUGAGGGUACCUGGGAUUCUGACCUUCAGGCUAAUACUUCAAAAAUUCUGAACAGUGAUACUGUUAAGCCUCGUGACAUAGGAAGGGAGUUCUUGGAGUCAGAACAGGCAGUAAAUCAAAGCACAUGUGAAAAUAGUGAAAAUAAAGAAUUAAGUGGAUUCUUCUCUGUAAGUAACUUAAUUAGUGACACAGAGUCAAUUAAAGGAAGAGAAAUUGUUCCCUACCAAACCCCCCCAUUUGCUGGAAAUACAGCUGGACAGUCUGAUGAUAUAAACUUGCAAGAAUCAGAUACUAUUUUAUUAGCUGAAGACACGUCCCAUAAAGGGUUAGAUGAUAGGGUAAAAACAUAUUUAUUUCUCAAAGAGGACUCUAAACAGAAAGUGGAAAUAGAAUGCAUGGAUAAUCACAAAACUGGGACAGAGGAUACCAGAACUCUUGUAUUAAAUUUCAGUUGGCCUCCAUCUACAAACGAUGACAUCCAUGUACCUGGGACAUCCAAAAGCAGUUUGUCCGAUAGUCUUGUGUGUGUAUCUGAAAAAAGCUUGCCAGGACACAGUAAUAGAAGCACACCCCUGGCAAUGUCAGAAGUAGGGAAAAUACACAAAAAGGAUACUGAAGUAAAUAUUGGAAAAAUUGAACUUAUACCUUCCAUGUUAAAAAUGGGAAAAACAAACAAAAAGCAUGCUCAGUUGAAUAUUAUGAAAAAUGAGGCAGUCCUUCCUGUGUCAGAAAUGGGAGGAAUACAUAAAAAGGAUGAUAAAUCGACUAUCACAAAAACUGAGCUAACAGCUGACAAUUUUAAAAUGCGAGAAGUAUACCAAAUGGAUGCUGAGAGAUAUAUGGAAAAAACUGAGGGAUUGCCUGCCAUUUUAGGAAUGGAAAAGGCUUAUAAGAUGGGGGAUACCGAAAGGGAUUUUGGCAAAACCGACACGAUACCUGUUAUGUCAGAAGUGAAAAAUAUCUACCGAAAAGAUGCUGAGGGAGUUACUGGAAAGACUGAAAUGAUACCCACUACAUUAGAAAUGGAAAAUAUUUACCAAAAGCAUGCUGAAGGUGAUGUUGGCAAGGCUGGAAUGACAUCAAUUGUGUCAGAAAUGGAAAAUAUCUACCAAAAAGAUGUUGAAGGGAUUACUGAAAAGGCUGAAGUGCUACCUGGUGUGGUAGAAAUAGAAGGAGUUUCCCAAAAGGAUGCUGAAGGAGAUAUGGACAAAACUGAGGUGAUGCCCAUUAUUUUAGAAGUGGUAAAUACCUACCAUAAAGAUGCUGAGGGGAUUACUGAAAAGACUGAGAGACCUAUGUUGGAAAUGGAAAACACUUACCAAACAGAUGAUGAGGGGGUUAUUAGGAAAACUGAAAUGAUACCUUUUGCAUUAGAAGUGAAAGAAACACACAAGAAGGCAGCCCCUGCCUCCUCAGAAACGGAAAAGGCAUGCAGGAGGGACACGAAAGAGACGAUUGGAACGAUUGUGUCCAUGCCCUCUAUGAUAGAAAUGGAAAGAACAUUCCCAGAAGAUUCUGAUGGAACUGUCAGGAAACACCAAGUGUCACCUGUGGUGGUAAAUGUGGGGAAAACAUAUGGAACAGGACUGGAAUUGCCCAUAACACAGGCAGAGGCCAUGCCUCCCAUAUUUGAAACUGAAAAAGCACCCCAAGGAUAUGCCGCUGAAGGGAGUAUUGGAGAAAUGGAGGAAGAACCCACUGAAAUACAAGAAGGUUUGAUAGCACAUGACAAUAGACUAGCUUCAUAUUUCAGGGGAUAUGAAUCACCUACAUUAAGUAAGGAUUAUGAAGGCUACCCAGCCUUAGCAAUGCUAGAUUUUCAACCUGCAGAUACCAUAGGAAAGCUGGACAAAAGACCAUCUGUUACUGCAGUAGGUAACAAAACAAGAGUUCUAGGCGAUUAUAGCAAUGAAAAAGAAUCUAAAUUGGCCUUCCUUUCUCAGGAUGAACAAGAAAAUUCUUCUUUUACUAUAUUAUAUGAAGAACCCCUUCAAGAUGAGGACAGGUAUGCUACUGCAGAAGUAAGAAGAACACACUCUCUCUUGUUUACUGAUACGUCCACCAACAGCAUGCCUGUUGUCGCCUGUGAAAGAUCCGAGAGUAGAACUGACCUGGUCCAUCAUUUUGAAAAGGAAACCAAAUUAGGUGAGACGGUUGAUAGUGAUAGUCCAGAAAUGUUCUUAUCGGUGGAGGCCAAAAGGUACAAAAUUUAUCCUUUAGCUUUGUCUCCCAUCUAUGAGGAUGACAGCUCUCAGGAAGAUGUUCUGUCCGGCGAAGUCUCACCUGGUCAUCAUGGCUCCACAAAAUCUAGAGAGAGUAUACACCAGCCCUCUUCUGUUUUAUCACUUCUCCAGUCCGUAUCAGAGCGUCUAAAGAUGAAUUUUGGUGAAGACGACAGGAAGGAGUUAGGGGAAGAGGAGGAGGAGGAGGAAGAAGAUGGAUCUUUGCAUAAAGGAAGUCUGAGAGCUAGGAGGAGAGAAACUGUUACUUUCAAGCUGCCAGAUCCAUCCAUCACAUUUUACCCUGAUGAUGAGCAGGAAAGGACUGGAAUUUCCAAGAAUGUAUAUGUAAAGUCAAAUGAACCUACUACCUCCAAUCUGCAAAUUGGUCUGUGGACAGAAAAGACCUCAUUUCUACAAAAAUCCGACCUUACUUCUAAACUACAUUCUUCUUUAAAGAGUGCUUAUCAUCAAUAUUUGCAGACUUCCAAAACCCAUUCCUCAGAAAAAGGAGCCAGAUUUGGUGGCACUUUGCAGGAACCAGUGUCAAAAUAUUUCCGUGCUCAAGACCACUCAGGCAGAUUAAGCUCCUUCACAGAGAAUAUCGAUAGACAAACUCUGAAGCAUAACCCAAGACCUGGGAAGAUGGUUAUCUAUGAUCUCCAUAGAAGUAAAUAUAAGCAAGAAGUCUAUUGUAAUGUUCGUGAUGCUACAUCAUGGUCCUUUCCGAAUGGGAUCCUGGCGAAAGUUGUGAGAGGCUGCUGGAUUUUAUAUGAGAAACCACAUUUCCAAGGUCAGAAAUGUGUGUUGGAAGAAGGGGAAAAAGUGUUAAGUCGUGACUGGGUCCUUCAGAACAGAAAGCAUCCACAAAGAAACUUUGUAUUGGGUUCUAUCAGACGAGUCUUAAAGGAUUGCAGUAUUCCAGAGAUAGAACUUUGCCCACAGUCUGAUCCAACAUGUUGUCCUAUCUACAUACAGCGAGCAAUCCCCAGUUUGGAAGAGCUGAAUAUCCCCAAAUCUGUGUCCUUCACUGUGAAGUCAGGAGUUUGGCUUGCCUACCCAGAUAUUAAUUUUAAGGGGCAAGCUACAGUUCUGGAGGAAGACCAUGGACUCUUUGAACUUUCUGCAGCAGAAAUGAAAUCAUUGCAUCCACUUCAAAUGGGUGGAUUGAAAGUGGAAAUGCCUAUGAACUUAAAGGUUAUUAUUUAUGAAAAACCUCAGUUCCAUGGACAGACCAGAGAGUUUAGUGAACAUAUAGAUUCUGUCCCUAACUUUUUAAAAGAUGAUGGGGACUUUCAUGGAAUUGGAUCAAUUCGUGUCAUCGGUGGAGUGUGGGUUGCCUAUGAAAAAGAACAUUUUAAAGGCCAACAAUUCUUGCUUGAAGAAGGAGAUUUUGAAGACAGAAAUGCCACUGGGGCAUUGAGUGGCCCCAUCUUGUCUUUCCGGUACUUACAAGCUAAUUUUAUAGAAUCUUCCAUCACACUGUUUGAAUCUGACCUGGAAAGUGGGAAGUUUAUUGACAUUACAAAUCAGGAAAUAUCUGACUUAGAAGAAAUUGGCUUUGGCAGCGAAACAAGAUCCAUUCACGUUAAAAGUGGAGUAUGGGUUGCCUACCAGCAGAAGUUCUUCUGUGGACAACAGUACAUUUUAGAGAAAGGGAAAUACAAGUGCUUUUUUGACUGGGGAGGAUCAAAUAACAUAAUCAUGUCAAUACGACCUAUCCAACUGGAACCACUUGGGAUAAAUGAGCCUCCACAUUUGCUCAAAGCAUUCAGUAAACCAGGGUUCCAAGGUGAAUGUAUAGAUUUUACAAAAGAAAUUUCUGAUUUGACUUCAUUCACUCCAUGUUCUUUUAAAGUUGUUCGGGGUUGCUGGCUUCUAUAUUACCAAGAAGACAUUUCUAAUAACCAGUGUGUGUUAGAAGAAGGCCUCUAUGCUGACCUUACUUCUUGUGGCUGCCCAACAUCUAAAGUCAAAUCCCUCAAGCCCAUUGACUAUAUUUUUGAAGAACCCUCCAUCAGCCUUUUUGCUCUGGAACAUUGUGAGGGAAGAGAGUUACAUCUGGAAGAGGCCGUGAACUCUGUUCUAAACAAGGACCUGCACUUCUACACUCAGUCCGUGUGGGUAAAAAGUGGACUGUGGAUAGCUUAUGAAGGUUCCAAUUUCUUGGGCAGACAAAUCCUGCUCGAGCCUAAUGAGAUCCCAAACUGGACAGCAUUCAGUAGGUGGAAAACAAUUGGUUCCCUUCGUCCUAUGAAGCAGCCUGCAGUGUACAUUAGAAUAAAGAACCGAGCCCAGAAUGAAUAUCUUACAGUCACUGGAAAUGUAGCUGACACAAGGACAACAUCUGUGUGCAUUUCUCCCUAUAGUGGAAAGAAUACUCAGAUCUGGCACUACUGUCGAGGACUCUUUAAAUCCAAGGCCAGUGAUACAUGUCUCGAUGUAAUUGGUGGCCGGGACGUGCCAGGAGCUAAAGUAGCCCUGUGGACCGAACAUGGACAAUUCAGGCAGAAGUGGAGACUGAACAGAAAUGGAACCAUCAGCUCCUAUCUCAGUGACCAACUUGUUCUUGACGUUACAGGAGGAAAUUAUUAUGACAAGACUCAUGUAAUUGUAAAUCAUCCCUUGGAGGGAGAAGAAACACAGAAAUGGGACAUUGAGAUAUUGUGAGAGAAUCUACAGCAUCCCUAGGAAGAGCAAAGGAAGAAGGAACCUCACGUCCCACGGAAAGGAAGCUACUUGUCCUCAUGCACCUGGAUCACUGAGAAUGAAUACAUUUUUUUCCAAAGUUCCAAGACAAGACUAUUGCUGUUAACCAUGGGAAAAGCUCAAAAUAUUCUUGCCAAUUAUUCAGUGUUCCUGUCAUAAAUAUGUCUUGAUUUCUGGGAAAGAUUCUACUCCUGCUUGAGCUCCAGUUUUGGUGAGCAAGUUUACUGAAGUCUUUCUCUGUCUCUCAAAUAUGAAUCCUAUUCCUGAUAGCCAUUAUAUAGGACAUUGGUGGUGCUAUCAUCCUAUAUUAGUUAUUAAUAUACUAGUAGAUGCAUGUAUGAGUGUAACACACAGGGAAAUGAAUUCCUAUAUGUCAACUCAUACUUUUGCAAAAAGAUGAAUCUUUUAGCAACAUUUGAAGACAGAUUAAAUAAACCUUCCUCUUAAUAUGCUACAGUAGCUACAACAAAGGUCCUCUAUUGAGACUUUUAUAACUGAAGCACCCUGAGCAUUUAUACUUGUAACUGACCCCAGGAAGAGACCUCAGCUUUAUUAGGAAAAGGCUCAAGUACAGGAGUAUUUUCUGUAGCCAUUCUUUGCUCAGCCUUUCAAACUAAAAAAGCACAAAUAACCUGUGGCCAUCCUUGCACUCUUACUGGAGACCCCACCCUAGAUUUUGCCUGAUCUGCCCUCAAGAAGUGUUUGUAAAGACUGUGGCACCUGCAUAUUAGACAAAUUUUUCUUUGCUUGAAGGGCAAUUUCAAAUGUUCAGAUUAAAACCACAUAGUAUUUGAGCCUUGACUAUAUACCAUUUCACUUUAAAGGUGGAGUCGAUUUCUCUCUGAAAUGACAGAAAACUCAUUGUUUUUUACUAUUUUAAAUAGCUUCCAUUUAAGCAAAAUCAGGUAGGAUAUUCUCUUGGACUUAGUUUCAAGUAAUCAUUACCACUUUUAACUGUACAAUUCACAAGCAUUCUUCCCUCCUGAAUUGGUUUUAAACAUAUUGAGGAAACUUCCCUUCAUCUUCAACUUUUGCCGGAAAGCAGAAAAAUGUCUAUUCUAUUUUUAUAUAGAAAGAUUAAGUUCUCCAGGGGUAUUUUUAAAAAUAUCAACCUAUAUGCACUUUAAAAUAACUAAAUUGUUUAAGCUCAAAGACCAACUAUUUUGAGUUUUUAUAGAGACUUGGGUCUUUCCAUGUAAAUAUUAGGUUUUUUUCCCUUCAAUCUCAGGCUCUUUUGUCAUCUUUCAAGCAUCUGCAAAAUUCUCAUAUGUCCAUAGAUGUGAGUGCCUCUCAUUAGUGUGGCAGUAUUAUUUAAUGAAACUUACAGGAGUAUUUUAAAGGGGGAGGGGGGGUGUUUACACAAAAGUAUGUAUAUUUUCUUUAAAAAAGUAAUUUUUUUUCUUCACGUUAAUUGUUGAAAAUUUUUCUAGAGCCAGUGAGGCUCUUUAAAGAAGUUUCUUCCAAAGACAAAGCAAGGUAACGACACUGACAUUUAAAUUUAUUGUAGUUGUGCCUUUUCUACCACACUGGAUUAAAUAAACUUGUCCGAAAUAUG